ACAUAAUCGGGAGAGAACGACAGUGUAGGCAGGACCACAAUGGGAAAGCGGGUGAUUUUAUCAAAUUGAUCAAAAAUCGCUGACAAGAUGUCCGACGCGAGUAGAAAACCCCAAUCGAUACGCAUCUGUACUUAUUGAAGUGGAUACGAUACACACAGAACCUGCAGAACAACCAAAAGUAAAUACUUUUUCCAAGGGGAGGAAGUUUGUUGUGUCGAAGGAAAUAUAAUAGCCCGGUAAAGCAGGGACAGACUGCGGAAAACUGCCAGAGCGGAGGACAGUCAGAAUACAAACCCACCCACCCACCCAGUCAGCCAUGGAAGAGUUUGGGUCAGCGUUGGAGAAGAAUGUGGCCGAUUUAACGGUUAUGGACGUGUAUGACAUAGCCGCGGUGGUGGGCCAGGAGUUUGAGCGGAUCAUUGAUCAGUAUGGAUGCGAGGCUCUGUCCAGGCUCAUGCCAAAAGUGGUGCGGGUACUGGAGAUCCUGGAGGUGAUGGUCAGUAGGAACAGCAUCAGCCCGGAGACAGAGGAGUUGAGGCUGGAACUGGACAAACUACGGCUGGACCGGAUGGACCGGCUGGAGAAAGAGAAGAAACAUAAGAAGGAGCUGGAGCUGGUAGAGGAUGUAUGGAGAGGGGAGGCCCAGGACCUGUUGUCUCAGAUCGCUCAGCUUCAGGAAGAGAACAAAACACUCCUUACUAACAUGUCCAUCAAAGACCCCAUGAGUGAAGAGGACCUGCAGAGGCACGAAGGUAUGUCGGAGCGGGAGCGUCAGGUGAUGAAGAAGCUGAAGGAGGUGGUGGACAAGCAGAGAGACGAGAUCCGAGCCAAAGACCGCGAGCUCACGCUCAGGAACGAGGACGUUGAGGCACUCCAGCAGCAGCAGUCUCGUCUGAUGAAGAUCAACCAUGACCUGCGCCACAAGAUCUCCGUGGUGGAAGCUCAGGGGAAAGCCCUCAUCGAGCAGAAGGUGGAACUGGAGGCGGGAGCUCAGGCACGAGUACAGGAAAUGGGAGCACUUCGACAGGAAGUGACACGUUUAAGGGAGCGCCUGCAAGGAGACACGCCUCAGGGUCUAGAGGAGCCUCCUCCCCAGCCCCCCUCCCCCGCACAGCCCCCCUCCCCCGCACAGCCUGGUAGCCCCUGCUCCACAGAGGUGGGGGCUCAGGGUGUGGGCUGGCCAGAACCAGACAGACACUACCACCCUGAGCUGAUGUUGGGGGGGUACGAUCCGGCCCCGCGCCUCCCGUCCCUGGAUGACGAUGAUGAGGAUGUAGAGGAAGAGGCAGUGUUGCUAUGGGAGGCGAUGUGUGAUGAGGACACACCUGCUCUGUUCCAACACUUUACCAAGGAGGCGCUAUGUGAUGAGGAGGGGGGAGGCCUGGACCAGAAGGAUCCCAACAGGCCCCGGUUCACACUGCAGGAGCUGAGAGACGUUCUGCACGAGAGAAACGAGCUCAAGUCCAAAGUGUUCAUGCUGCAGGAGGAGAUCGCCUACUACAAAAGUGAAGAGGCGGAGGACGAGACCGGCACCCCUACUCCUUCCCCUUCCCCCGAACAACUGAGGGCACGGCCCCGACCCAACGCACAGCCCGAGUCAGGAAUCAAACGCCUGUUUAGCUUCUUCUCUCGCGACAAGAGGCGGAACUCCCAACGGAAUGCACAGUUUGAAGACAGCUUCAGCUCGUGGGCGGGAAAGGAUGAGGUGUACACCGAACAGGCCCAGGAGGCUUUGCAGCACAUAUAGGGCACGUUCCUCUGACCAGGCGUUGUUGACGCCUGCCAGAUCUUACAACGCAUGGAUAGGUAUUUUAAGUAUCAGCUACCACAUCACAUGUUAUAGCAAUCUGUCAGGCGAUGAAAUAGUCAAUGACGGGGCACGCAACCAUUGGUUGAUGCGUGCAACGUCUUACCAGGAGAACGUGACGUAGUGAUUGGACAGCGCUUUAUGAUGAGGUCACUCAGAACCAUCUCACUGUAAUGCCCCGCCCAUGCCCACCAUGUGAGCUGCAGCAGCACUUAAGGGACAGUUCGAAAUUUACUGCGGUGGGGAGUUGGCCCAAAAUAGGGGAGGGUUGUCAAACAUAUAUUUUUGCUUUGGGGAGGGUUGUGUAAUUUUUUUAUUGGGCACGGGAGGGUGGUGUAUUUUUUCCCUGGUUUACAUUCCCCAUUUUGCAGGUAUGACUAUAUAAUGUCUUCCAUAUAGUCACAUUUCCUCAUCUGCUUGCUUGCUCCUCCCCUAUCAAAGUGUUUUGGUACUUCCCUUAUGCACUACGCUUUUCUGCAUGAUUACUAUACAGUCAACUCUAUCCUGCCCUCUAUACAUAGUGACAAUAGUGGUAGGUGGAUCUGCAAUAAGUUAACUGGCAAUCAUAUCACACAUAAAAUCAUUCAAAUCUGCACCGAUUUUCAAUAUAAAUCCACAAGAACAAAAACGAAUAGCUGAUAGGCAGUAGAGAGGCCAGGGGCAUCAUUGCGCAGGAAAGAACAGUCAAGACAUGAUAUAUGCAGCUCAAAAAGCUCUCCUAUUCAUCUUGUUUAGGCCAAACACAUUUUAUCUACUAUAUAACUGAUUCCCCUCUUCACAGUUCUAAAAAUAGUAAAAUGUUUAAUAAAAUAGUGAUGAAUUUAAUUCAAAUGAAUCGAUUCUUUUAAAUGAUUAUUUUUUACUAACUGAACGAUGUGCUUCGCCAGGUCGCAGUUGUAAAUGAGAACUUGUUCUCAACUGGCCUACCUGGUUAAAUAAAGGUGAAAUAAAAAUUGUACAGUAGUAGUUGGGGUUAAAUUGUGGUGAAUCGAAUCAUGGGAAUCCAAAUAAUAAUUUGAGAAUCGCAAAUAAUAAAAACAAUUUAGCUGUAGGCGUCCUUUCGAAUUGUGUCGAUGCAAAACCCUUUGUUGAUACUUUAAGUUGAUUUGGACAUUCAAUUUAUGGGACGUUGCAACUCAAUAGAUGCUAGUAGUCAGCCUGAAUUACACACUUCUAAUGGGAAAACUAUAACAUCCACGGUGUUCAGCAGGCAUGUCUUGCCUGCUGAAACAGUCAUUUACAAUGCUGAAACAGCCAUUUACAAUGCUGAAACAGCCAUUUACAAUGCUGAAACAGCCAUUUACAAUGCUGAAACAGCCAUUUACAAUGCUGAAACAGUCAUUUACAAUGCUGAAACAGCCAUUUACAAUGCUGAAACAGCCAUUUACAAUGCUGAAACAGUCAUUUACAAUGCUGAAACAGCCAUUUACAAUGCUGAAACAGCCAUUUACAAUGCUGAAACAGUCAUUUACAAUGCUGAAACAGCCAUUUACAAUGCUGAAACAGCCAUUUACAAUGCUGAAACAGUCAUUUACAAUGCUGAAACAGCCAUUUACAAUGCUGAAACAGCCAUUUACAAUGCUGAAACAGCCAUUUACAAUGCUGAAACAGUCAUUUACAAUGCUGAAACAGCCAUUUACAAUGCUGAAACAGCCAUUUACAAUGCUGAAACAGUCAUUUAUAAUGUUUUCCCCCCAAACCUUCCAAUUAAAUGUUGACUGCAAAAGUAGGCCUACCUGGCAGAAUGAUAUCAUGAAGAUUGGUAUCAAUCGGGUGUACAUUUGUUUUGCAUACUCUGCCAUCACAUGGGCAGUACAGAAACCCGACAGAAACACUUCUAGCCUAACACAAAUGUACUGUGAGUAAAACUUAGCUGGGACAUGCUUUCAAUGGUGUUCUCCAACACCUGAAACCAAUAUUGUGGAUUAGGGGGGGUACCCUGACUAGGAUAGGAUACAUUUUGAACUGUCCCUGAAAGCAUCGUAAUGGUCAGCUCACCUCACAGUACAGCUGAGUACAGCACAUCAGCUCCAAGUCACAGAGUAAUUCAGUCAUUCACCCAGCAUCUAGAAUAGUGUUUCCUAACCUCCUUUGUCAGUGAACUCCUUGCCUUGCCUUGGGACUGUGGUUAGUGUGCAGUAGCGCUGCAUGGGUAAAAUCACUGCAGAAGCCAAGACAGAUCCCCCCCCCCCCCC